GGCUCAAGCGAUUCUCUGGCCUCAGCCUCCCUAGUAGCUGGGAUUACAGGCAUGCGCCACCACUCCCGGCUAAUUUUGUAUUUUCAGUACAGACGGGGUUUCUCCAUGUUGGUCAGGUUAGUCUCGAACUUCCGACCUCAGGUGAUCCGCCCGCCUCGGCCUCCCCCAAGUGCUGGGAUGAGCUACUGUGCCGGGCCUGUAAAAUCUCUUAAAAGUGUGGUACACGGAGUGCAGUACUCCACCUGUGGCCUGACUAAUAUGCAGUACAAUAUUAUCACUAAAUUGCUACAGACGGUGUGCUUUUCGUUGUUGUCACACAAAUGUAUUUGGUUAGUUAUAUUUGUUAACGUCUCGUCUGACUUUCCAGUCUUUCCUCACUUUGUACAGUCAUAUUUGCCGAGUCAAGUAAAAGUUAUAACAUUUAGGACACAAUGCCUGACUUACUAUAAUUACCAUUAUUAUCUUAUGAUCUUUAAAAAACAGAAUUGCCACUUAGGUCUCAGGCCCUACCUCCUUCAGCCUCCGAAAUGUUAAAGUUACCUUGCACUGCAUGCUUACAGUAUCGCCCCUAAAAAGCCCCGCUCCUGGGGCCUCCGCGGCUGGAGCCUAGCGUUUGCCCCACCCACGCCGAGCCCGAGGCGGGGCUCCGGAUGUAGCCGCUGAUUGGCUGGCUGGGGCGCAGCUUGAUGGCGUCGGGCUGGUAGAGCCGCAGUCCCGGCUGCGGCACCAGGGAGAAGGCGGACUGUGUAAGGGGGCCUGUGACCCCAGCGUGCCGUGGCCUCGGGGAGUGGGAAGUGGAGGCAGGAGCCCUCCUUACACUUCGCCAUGAGUUUCCUGAUCGACUCCAGCAUCAUGAUUACCUCCCAGAUACUAUUUUUUGGAUUUGGGUGGCUUUUCUUCAUGCGCCAAUUGUUUAAAGACUAUGAGAUACGUCAGUAUGUUGUACAGGUGAUCUUCUCUGUGACAUUUGCAUUUUCUUGCACCAUGUUUGAGCUCAUCAUCUUUGAAAUCUUAGGAGUAUUGAAUAGCAGCUCACGUUAUUUUCACUGGAAAAUGAACCUGUGUGUAAUUCUGCUGAUCCUGGUUUUCAUGGUGCCUUUUUACAUUGGCUAUUUUAUUGUGAGCAACAUCCGACUAUUGCAUAAACAACGACUGCUUUUUUCCUGUCUCUUAUGGCUGACUUUUAUGUAUUUCUUCUGGAAACUAGGAGAUCCCUUUCCCAUUCUCAGCCCAAAACAUGGGAUCUUAUCCAUAGAACAGCUCAUCAGCCGGGUUGGUGUGAUUGGAGUGACUCUCAUGGCCCUCCUUUCUGGAUUUGGUGCUGUCAACUGCCCAUACACUUACAUGUCUUACUUCCUCAGGAACGUGACUGACACAGAUAUUCUAGCCCUGGAACGGCGACUGCUCCAAACCAUGGAUAUGAUCAUAAGCAAAAAGAAAAGGAUGGCAGUGGCACGGAGAACAAUGUUCCAGAAAGGGGAAGUGCAUAACAAACCAUCAGGUUUCUGGGGAAUGAUAAAAAGUGUUACCACUUCAGCACCAGGAAGUGAAAAUCUUACUCUUAUUCAACAGGAAGUGGAUGCUUUGGAAGAACUAAGCAGGCAGCUUUUUCUGGAAACAGCUGAUCUGUAUGCUACCAAGGAGAGAAUAGAAUACUCCAAAACUUUCAAGGGGAAAUACUUUAAUUUUCUUGGUUACUUUUUCUCUAUUUACUGUGUUUGGAAAAUUUUCAUGGCUACCAUCAAUAUUGUUUUUGAUCGAGUUGGGAAAACGGAUCCUGUCACAAGAGGCAUUGAGAUCACUGUGAAUUAUCUGGGAAUCCAAUUUGAUGUGAAGUUUUGGUCCCAACACAUUUCCUUCAUUCUUGUUGGAAUAAUCAUCGUUACAUCCAUCAGAGGACUGCUGAUCACUCUUACCAAGUUCUUUUAUGCCAUCUCUAGCAGUAAGUCCUCCAAUGUCAUUGUCCUGCUGUUAGCACAGAUAAUGAGUCACUUCUGGAUUAAUUCAUUUGACUUACAGGGCAUGUACUUUGUCUCCUCUGUGCUGCUGAUCCGAAUGAGUAUGCCUCUAGAAUACCGCACCAUCAUCACUGAAGUCCUUGGAGAACUGCAGUUCAACUUCUAUCACCGUUGGUUUGAUGUGAUCUUCCUGGUCAGCGCUCUCUCUAGCAUACUUUUCCUCUACUUGGCUCACAAACAGGCACCAGAGAAGCAUAUGGCACCUUGAACUUAAGCCUACUACAGACUAUUAGAGGCCAGUGGUUUCAAAAUUUAGAUCUAAGAGGGGGAAAAAAUGGAACCAGGGCCUGACGUUUUAUAAACAACAAAAUGCUGUGGUAGCAUUUUUCACCUCAUAGCAUACUGUUUCCCGGUCGGGUGACCAUGAGUAGCAUCAGCCAGAACAUGAGAAGGAGAAGUAACUCAAGACAGUACUCAGCAGAGAGCGUCCCGUGUGGAUUUGAGGCUGGUGCAAAGGCGGAGAGGAGCCAAGAAACUAAAGGGAAAAAAUACACUGGAACGCUGGGGCAAGAGAUAUCUAUGGUAGCUGGGCCAAACACAUAGGAUUUCCGUUUUAAGGUUCACAUGGAGAAGGUUAUAGCUUUCCCUUGAGAUUGACUCAUUAAAAUCAGAGAUUGUAACAAACA